UAGGGGUUCGGCCGCCCAGAAUCGUGGUGGCGUGGUAUCCGUGAGGGUCCUCUCAGCCACGUGGUGCCCUUGCUUCUUCCUUGCGUUCCUUCCGACCAAGGGCAUGUGAAGUCUCUGCGCCACCAGCAGCUGCACCCAAAUGUUUCCGGCCCCUGUGAUGAACGGGCUCCCUGCCCCGCCAGGUGACCCCGCGCAGCCCGGCGGCUGGAAUGAGUUUUGCGAGCACCACGCCAUCUCCACCGCCAGAGAGCUGGCCCGCAAGUACCUCCUGUUUGUCAGCGAGAACCCCCAGCAUGAAGUCCUGGCGGCCGAGAACUUCUCCCUCCAGUUCGCCGACCUUUUCCAGCAGUACUUCCGCAACGAGGUGAAGGACGGCUUCGCCACGAACCGGUUCCGCAUCCUCCCCUUCAGCAGGGUGCGGGAUUACCGGGAGACCGGCCGGAAGCAGGCGGGGGGCUCCCUCGGGGGUGUCGUGGCCAAAGCCGAAGUGGGGCUGGCCGACCAGGCCGCCAGGGGCCCCGAGGCCCACCCCCGAGGCCUGCCCAAGGCCUGGAGCUCUGAGGAGCUUGCAGGAACGGCUUCCCUGUUGGCCGCGAGGAGACCCUUUUCCCUGGACCGCCUGAGGAGGAGUUGGCGCAGCUUUUUCCGCAGGAGGUCCUUGGAGCCGGCCCCCGGAGGAGGGGAGAUACUGGACUCGGUUUCGAAGCCUGGCCUUGCCCGGAAGUUCUUCCCGUGGGCCCUUUCGCAAGACCCAUCUUCUCAGAUUCGGAAAGAGGGCACUCUGAAAUACUGGAUGGUGACCGAGGCUACAAUGGACAGCGGGGCUUGCUGGCAGAGGUGCCGGCUGGUUUUGCGGAGAGCGGCGGCUUUGGACAACGGCGAUUACAUCCUGGAGGUGUUUGAUCCCCCCAAGAGUUCAAAGCCAAAGCUGCAGACCACCUGCUCGGAGAUCCAAGAAAUCCGUCCCUGCACUCGCCUGGAGAUGCCGGACCACGCGGACACCUUUGUCCUCAAGAUGCGGAAGGUGAACACCUCCAUGGAUGUUGUAUUUGAGGCUGGAGAUGACCAGCAACUGCGUUCCUGGGUGUUUGAAAUUAAAGAGUGCCUCCAUCGAGGGUCAGAAGGCACCGACGUUGAGCUGAUCUCAGACUCUCACUCGGAGGCUGUGACCGCAAGCCCCACAAACAGCAGCACAGACUCCCUGAACCAAGGGGCAAUGCCACCCAGCCUCCCGGACCAGAACGGCCAGAAGACCGAUCACUACCUGACAUCUUUCCCCUGGUUCCACGGCCCCAUUUCUCGAGUCAAAGCCGCUCAGCUCGUUCAGCACCAGGGUCUUGACGGACAUGGGGUUUUCCUCAUCCGACAGAGUGAAACCCGCAGGGGAGAUUACGUCCUCACGUUCAACUUCCAAGGAAGAGCAAAGCACCUACGGCUCUCCCUGACCGAGAGGGGCCAGUGUCGUGUCCAGCACCUGCACUUUGCCUCCAUUUUGGACAUGUUGCACCACUUCCAGCGCUUCCCCAUCCCUCUGGAGUGUGGAACGGCCUGCAACGUGCAGCUGUCCAGCUAUGUAGUGGUUCUUCCACAUGCACAAGGCUCCAGCAGCACAGUCCCACUCUCCCCCUCCGUCCACCGCUGCCACCCGGAAUUCAGCCUCGUCCAGCUGACCCCAUCCAGCUGCCCGCGGAUCCACCUGGCUGACAACCUCCGCCGCAGCUCCUCAGUAGAGCAGAUAUUCCACCUGGUGCCCUCUCCAGAAGAGCUGGCCAGUGGCCUGUGGCCCAGCAGCCACCUGACCAGCCCACCCGCCACCCCUGCAACGCGCCAGUGGGACAAUGAUUACGAGAUGGACUCACAAGGCAGGUCCCACCUGCGGGCGGUUAACAACCAGUAUACAUCCCUCUGACACAGCGGGAUGGGGCAGCAGCCUGCUUUUGCACAAGACUCUGGAUAAAGGUUUCAGAAAGCCACGGAAAAUACUUAUUCCUCUUGGCUGAAGGCUCAUGCUGGGGCGGGGCAGCUGGGUACACUUGCCCCAAGCCUUGGAGGGCUAAGAUGGCAGUGGGGGGCUGUGUACCAGGGACCAGCUGCUUUUUUGUUUGAGUUUAUAACUUCAUUCUAACAAGACUCUGCCCCAGGCCUCAGAAAAGCUCUACACAUGCCUGCUUGGCUGUGUUGGUUUGUAAGAUAAGAUUGAUAACUCACCCCACUAUGGAUGUGACCCUUGGAUUCGGCUUAUUAAAUGGCCUGUUAAGUUUUUUCACUCAAUCCUCUCAUCGGUUUUGCACAUGGCUCUUCCUUUGCUUUAGGCUCCUAGUUUAUUUUUGUUGCUACAAUAUUUUUUUGGUCUCUGUAAGGAUGUUCCUCCACUUGAGGAAAAGGGGAAAUGUGUGGGCAGGAGAAGAAAAAACCCAGAUCCAACUAGACUCAAGUAAUUGAUCUGCUUUGCUCUUUCCAUCACCCGCCACUCAUUUUGUUGCUGAAUGAAGGCAACUGAGCUCUCUUAGCUGAGCUAAUUUCUUGGCUCCCUUGAGAACUAAGGAAAUCUGUGUUUAGUUUUUUUAAAAAAUUAAGCUCCUUCCAAGUAGGGUAAUACAAACAGAACCAGGUGGCUAUUAGAAGUGCAGGCAAGAGGAACCACCAUGGUAGAAGGUCAUCACCACAACCCCUGUGUACAAUUUUUGGCCUUAAAUAUCUAAACACUCAGAUCUAUCAACCUCCAUGCAGGCCUAAAACGAUACAAAUGCACCACGAGGAAGGCAGAUUCAACUGUUGUGGCUUCCCAAGGCUAGGCAGAGGAAGAUCACACUUGUGGAGUGGAUGAAAGUUCUUUUUAACAAUCCCAUCACUGUCCCUCAUCUAGCCUAACAUUGUGUACUCCAGACUGGCAUAGCCUCUUUGGAGCCUCACCCAUACCUGCUGUAUGGUCCUUUAACUGGCUAAUGGCAGAGACUGAGCCUUAGGACUCCCGCAUGCAUGCUACAACUGGGCUAUGUCUCCUCACCUUAAACUAGAAGCGCCAACAGGGGACACAGAUCUCCUUUCAACAUCAGCUAGAGACGCAGCAAGG